AGACCAGAAUCGUAGGUUCUAGCAAACAAUCAUGUCGAAGUUACUUUUACUACUCGCGUGUUUAGUGACACUGGCAGCUUCCAAGUCUUCUAUUUACUACCAUCUAGAAGAUGCUGCACAACAUUUUGAGAAAUUCAUAAAAGAAAAUGAAAAGGUAUAUUCCAGUAACGAGGAGAAGGCAAAAAGAUUCGAAAUAUUUAAAGAAAACUUGAAAGAGAUCAACAAAAUGAAUCAAGAGACUGAGCACGCUAAAUUCGGAAUAACACAAUUCACGGAUUUAACUCUGGAAGAGUUUGAUGACGUCGUAAGAUGUGUGCCAGUAAACGUUACUGAUGUAGGCGACUCGUGCAAUGUGGUUGGUGAUGGUCAGCUGGCGAGGGUCCAAGCUCCGGAGGCUUUUGACUGGCGCGACCAGAACGUCGUCUCACCGGUUAAGAAUCAAAAUACUUGCGGAUCAUGUUAUGCUUUUAGCGCUACGGGAAACAUCGAGAGUCAAUAUGCAAUUAAGUAUCAGACAAUCAUGGAUUUAUCUGAACAACAAAUUAUUGACUGUGAUACCGGAUCCAUUGGUUGUAACGGCGGAUACGCGACAUCAGCCUUUAGUACUGUUAUAGCACAAGGUGGCAUUGAGUCAGAAGCAAGCUAUCCUUAUAUGAAUCAGCAGACAGAGUGCCAGUUCGACGCUCAGAAGGUCCAAGUCAAGCUAAGUGGCUGCACCAAAUAUACCACUACAUCGCAAGAGAGAUUGAAAGAAAUACUCUACACAAAUGGGCCUCUAUCUAUUGCUGUCAAGUCCGACGCCUUACAAAAAUAUGACGGUGGAGUGAUUCCAGAUAGCCUUUGCAAUAGUGGAGAUGUAAAUCAUGCCGUAUUAUUAGUGGGUUACGGAACAGACGAAAAAGGUAUGAAAUACUGGAUUGCCAAGAAUUCAUGGGGGACGGGAAUACACACCGAAAACGGCUACUUUAGAUUCGAACGCGGGGAGGGCUUGGACUCCUGCGGUAUCUUUAAUGCACAUUUGUCCUCUUCCAUAGUUGCGUGAUGAGGUACGACACACGACGUAAAUACCACGAUUUAUUCAAUUUUAUGUUUUUCUGUAAUAAUCUUAUUAAAUAACUUGAGCAAUUUAAAAA